UGCUCACCCACAAAAGUGCCUAACGCGCCAUAAGAAGUUUCCACUUCAAAAACAAUCUAUAUAGCCCUAGGACGAUUAGGGAUCUGAAGGAACGAUGUUCCGAGUACGAAACAAUGAAGGCCGAGAUGAGGUUGAAGACUAAAAGUGUUAAGGUGAAUGACAAGAAAAAGUUUGUGAAACUGAGUGCUUCAGUGAGAAGUGAAAAUGUUAGAGAUUGUUUUAAUUGUGGCGAAGACGAUCACCUGAGUAGGGAGUGUCAUCAUAAACAUAAAGGACAAAAGUGCUUCAAGUGCCAAGGAUUCGGCUACGUCGCAGCAAUAUGUCCAGCGAAGCCAGACGAGAAGAAAAUAGCUUACGCAUCCUGUCGGAGACCAAGAGAAAAACAGCUGAAGGACGUGGAGAUAGGGAAUCGGCAAUAUUCAGCAGUCAUCGACACCGGAAGCGAGCUAAGCUUGUUAAGUAAAAAGACAUUUAUAAAACUGGGUUCGCCCUCAUUAGGGUAAGAUACUCAAUUUGAUGGAUUAGGCACGACGAAUAAUUCGAUAUUAGGGUCCUUCGAGACGUCCAUAAUUAUUGAUAAAGAAAAUUGCAACAUACAAUUUCAUGUCGUAAAUGUAGUAUCGCGAAUAAUUAUGGGGAAAUCCCCAUAAUAGAAAUAAUAGUAUAGACACAUUGUUUGAAUUAUUGUGAUGUUCCGGGAUGUUUUGGGCCGGAUGGGAUAGUGGGCGAGGAAGUUCCGGAGAUGACGAAUAAUUGGCACUUGGUGUGAUGAAUGUCCGAUUUAUUUCUUUAAAUAUUAUAUACACUGUGUGCACUCCGAGGUGUUAAAACUAUUCGUUAAUUAAUAGUGGACUGUCUUUUCCGCCGUGUUUGAUUUGCCGAUCUAACCCAGUUGGUUAUCCGAUGGUAGCCAAUAAUUCCCCGGUGGAAUUUCCGUAAGACACACCGUAUGUCUAUGCCGAUUGCUAGCUGAUGGCGUACUGACCAUCGUAACGAUCCCGAGAUCGAUCGUGACCUCUCGUUAUGAUGGUCAAAGGUGAUUGGCCGAGGUCAUCCGGUUGGUCAUCCUGAUUAUUGACCGCGGGAUUUUGAACACCAAGUUUUCAUAUCCAUGCAUUAAGGUGCCUCACCAGUAUUAUAAAUUAAAUGGCUGAGCGAAUGGAUUCUUUUGCGUACUUGAAAUUUAAAUACUUUAAAUUUAGUUAGUUAUUAUAUUAAAAAAUGUUAAAAACUUAUAAUAAUGUUAAAAAUAACAAAAAAAAAACAAAAAAUGAAUGUCAAAAUACUAAUGUAAAAAAAUGUUGUAAAAACAUGAACAAAAACGUACUUUUACACACACGAAUACAAACACACACUAAAUGACCUAAAAAUGAACAUAGAAAUAGAAAAUAUUAUUAUAAUAAAAUAUCGUUGAAAAAAAUGACUAAAACUAUUGCUGUAAAAAAUUAUAGACAUUGUGACGAGGCAACAUAACCCUAGAGUUUAUGUUGAUUUUUUCCCCUCCGCACGCCCCCUAUUUUUUACUAAAUAUUCAUGCACUCAAUAUAUACCGUUGGAGAGCCCCUUUCCUUGGUUCCUUCCCCUUCCCCCGAUGCCCUACUGACCGCGCUCGGACAGCGCGAGAAACACCAGUAAGAAGCACCACUGAAGGAUGGGAUGACGUAGGCCGUCCCCCUCCUUCCCGCGGUCCCCUACUCGCCGCGCUCAGCCACCAACGGAAGAGGAUGAUGACGUAGCGCGUCCCCCUCCGCCGCAGUCUCCUGUUCACCACGCGCUGCAGGACAAUGGGCGCACACGCACGUUGCGUAGUGCGUCACCCCGCCAUUCCUCAGCCCCCGAAGAUGCCCACAAGCAUCGAUCGGUGGAUCAGGGGAAGGUGAAUAACUCACCCCGGAAACGGACGAAAUUGAGCCGAGGACCCCGGAAUACUUCGAGGAGUUCCUCAAGUGGCCAAUUACUCGUCACUCGUCGUUCAGCCGUUAAUAGCAUCAGUGCGCCCAUCAUUAUUAUUAUUAAAAUAAAUCGCGGAAAAUCGGUGAAGUGGCCCAGGACGUCCGAGCUGGAAGAAAGGCUCAUCCUGAACCAGGAACAAUCUCUUGCCCCCCAGGAAGAGGCACAACACCCAGAGGACCCGAAUAAGGAGGACAAAACCCCCAGGAACUCGGAAAAUCAUCGGCCGAGUGAGUACCCUUUCUUUUCCCCUCAUCACCCAGCGGCAUCAUUUCCCCCAAUUACGAUUCGCGGAACCCCUUCAACGGUGUAGAUUCUGAUCAUUCUUUUUCAAGGGAUUAAUUAUAUUAUCGUUAUAUUAUUCUUAUUAUUCUUGACAUUGGAUCCCUCAAUUCUCCCCUUUUUUCUCAAAUGUAGAGCCACCCCCUUUUUCUUUGUAUUAAUUCAAAAGUGGUCCGACAAGUGACCUGCCUGCCCCCCACCCCUGAGAUAUUCCAAGAAACAGGCAUUACUCUAACUAUUGUAUUAUUGAACAAAAUAUUGUAUAAUCGCGUAAUUAAUAUUAUAUUUUUCAUUAAUUGUAUUUUGACUCCCAACAUUGUAAUUCUAUUAAUUGAUAUUUCUAAUUAAAUAUAUUUGAUAUUAGUAGCCUCUGCCCCGUUUUAUUUAAUAAUUGACCCGCCCUCUAAUUUAAAUAAUUAGUAAAUUAGGGAAAAGGUCACAACAUUUAUAAGAAAUUGAAAUAAUUCUACACACAACACACAGAGACACACACACAACAAAUGAAUAAGAUAAAUAUAUAUUACCGUAAACAAUGGUUCGUAAUUUCUUGAAUCCUUAACUCACAUUCGCACGAAAAGAAUAAAACUAAUUACAAAAUGUACAACAUUAUUCCAUGUAUCCGAAAAAUAUUUGAAAAUCCCGCCAAUUUCGCCACCUCGAAACUAGCGCCAUCUGUCUUACAUUUCGAUUAAACGGACCAAUAGAUGGCGGCAUGUACUUCAUCGAUUAUUGAUGGCAAUGUCGUAUCAGGCAAAUGAUUUUCCAUUGCCAAUCAAUAAACAAAAUAAGCGGUUAAUCUUGUUGCAGUGUCAAAUAUUUUAGUUUAAUUAGAUUACAAGAGUGUCUGUUAUUGUGUAAUGUGUAUCACACUUAGUGUGUGUGUUGUGUGAGUGUGUACAUGCAGUGAUUUUCCUCUCGUUUUGUCUUAACCGCAAAAAACAUUUGAAUAAUUUAGUCGCGGUUGAGAGCUCUCGUGUUUCGUUCUUUUUCAUUUGUUAUAUUUCGUUUAAUUUGUUAACUUUCCGAUACGUUUGAUGGUGUUUAUUAAUGAGAUCAUUUUAAUUCAAUCCGUGAAUUUUUUGUUCGGUGGUUUUAUUAGGUUAGAAUUGUUUUAAUUUUUAGGUUAAGUAACUUAUUUUAUUCAUCCAAAUUGCAAUAAGCUGUGUGCAUAUUUAUUAUUGCAUUAAUAGUAUCAGCUCUUUAAGCUGUGUGGAAUUAUUCCGUUACUUUUAGUUAUAAAUUCAGCUGUUUGUAGCUGUGUGUAGUGCUAUCACUGCAUUUGCACUGAUCAGUUACUUUGAAGUAUAUGCAAUUGCUUCAUUAAUUAGUAACUAUCAGUAAAAUUAAUUAAUAAUAAUCAGCUUUCUCGAACUGUAUGUAGUGCUAUGCUACAUUGUUAAUCAGCUAUUUUAAGCUGUGUGCAAUCAUUUUAUUGUUGCAUUACAUUAGAAUUUGUUAAACAGAUUAGUUCUUUUUCAUAGAGCAGACCAUCUACAUAUAUUCUAGUCAUAAGUGGAGCUUCUACGUUUGUAGCAAUGUAAAAAUCAUUUAAUAAAAUUGACAUA